ACAAGCUAGAUAUGGCUAAAUACACGGCCUUCGUUGCCCUUCUCUUCUGUCUUCUCCUUAUCGCUGCUACUGAGAUGCAGAUGGCAGAAGCAAAAUAUUGUUCGAAGAAAAAUCACAAAUGGCAUGGACCUUGCCAAUACUCUUACAAAUGUAGCCAGCAUUGUAAGCACUGGUUUGGAGCUAAAUAUGGAAUUUGUAAAAAAUACCAAUGGGGACACAAACAUCAUCAUUGGGCAAAAUAUGCUUGUUAUUGCUACUCUCCUUGCCAUUAAUCAUAAUAAGGAACUUCAGAGUCUCAAGACUUGUCUUUGACAAAAGAAAUAAGAAGCUAUCUAUUUAUGUAUGUCUAAUAAAUACUGCACCAGCAAGCAGUUACUAUGAUUGUCUUUUGUUUGACAAUGUAACAAGUUUGAUUGUAGGGUCUAGCUAGCCUGAUAUCCCUCUCCCCCCUUCAGGCUUUUCUUGAAUAAUUAUUUUGCUUUUGUUUAAUGUGAACUAAGGUAUGUCAUUUUCCCAAGAUACUGUUUAA